AUGGCUCUUCCAGAGGCCAUAUUUUUAGGAUUAAUUGUAGUACUCUCAGAUGUGUGUAAGACGUACGGCAGUGGAGUCUUUGAGACCUUCAACAAAACUAUGUUUCACCUGAAGUCUACGUGUUCUAUAACUCUCACACAUUUCACACAUGCUGGAGUGGACUGUCACAUUAUUGUCCAGCGUGGGCAGAAUGGCCUCAUGAACAGGGUGGAGAUAAUUGUGAAUAAAGUUGUGACCCUUAUUCACAAUAACACACUUACAGUGGAGGGAAGCAGAAUUUCACUUCCAUAUGACCAUACAUAUCAGCAUGUCUUUCAUUAUGGAAUCUACACCAAACUCAGAAGCAAAGUUUUGCCAUUGUCUGUAACCUGGUACAAUGUUAAGGAUGGCAUCAGUUCUCUAUGGGUGCAACUGGACCAGAAUUUAGUAGAAGGUAUGAGUGGACUUUGUGGCCACCAAAACAGUUCAGAAACUAUGCAGCGGUUGAUAUUUGACAAUGUUCUCUCGGAUGGACAAUGCCUGACUCAAGAUUCUGUUGCACAGAUAAACGCAGGUUGUAGAGAUGUUUUGUCCCAUGCUUAUGAAUGUCUUGGCACUAAAUACCGCACAUACAUGACUUUGUGCUAUAAGAACAUGUAUGGCUUGCAGCAUAAAGAAGCAAACUGCUCAUUUUUUAAAGAGCUUUCGAUUAUUUGUGGAAGCUCCAGUCAGCUGUGGUCAACAUGGAGGGCGAACAGCAAAUGCUCCCAACCUCAUUGCCCUGGAGACCUACACUACGUGGAAAUGGGUCCUGCUUUCCCACCAACUUGCACCAAUCCACAGCCUUACCCAGAGCUCACCAGCACCUGCCAGCCUCCUCAGGGGAAGGUUGUUAACGAUCGCGUUGACACCUACUAUUCCAUUAAUUUGGAGGAUUGUCCAUGUGUGCAUGGGAAGACAAUAUAUGCACCAGGGCAGAAUCGCACCACCAAGUGCCAGACAUGUACAUGUGUGAGAGGCAAAUGGGAAUGCUCUACAAACACAUGUCCAUCCAAGUGUAUUAUUGAGGGUCAGUUAAUAACCACAUUUGAUGGCAAACAGUAUUCUCUACUAGACAGAUGUACCUAUGUGGCUGCAAGGGGACAUAACUGGACGUUGAACAUUCAGUUUUCUGGGCAAGCUGUUGCCAUAGAAAAGGCAUAUCUUAAUAUCGAUCAGGAAAGAUAUACCUUCUCUGCAAACAAUGUGCAACUGAACAAUAUAGAAAUCAGUGACCUGUCAAAGACUGAAUACGCCAAGGUCUUCUGGCAGUCUUCAAUGUUCAUUCAAGUUCAGACUUCAUUUGGCCUAAAAAUGCAACUUCAGGUUUCUCCAGAGAUUCAAAUAUAUCUGUAUUUGCCGGCAACUGAAACAUCAAAAGGACUUUGUGGAACCCAUAAUAAUGACACAAGUGAUGACUUCACGACUUUCAGUGGUAUCAUAGAAAAUUCAAUUCAACUUUUUGCCCAAUCCUGGUCAAUGGAUAGUUGUUUCCCAAUACCUGGAUGCAUCAACACUGACAAUGAGAUAUUUGCCGAAGAGAGUUGUGCCCAGCUGACAGAUCCGAAUGGAGUGUUUGCUUUGUGUCAUGACUAUGUACCUGUUUCAUCUUUUGUUGAUGCUUGCAUACAGAGAACAUGUCAGUGCGCCGCAUCAUUGCGGGAGUGUUUAUGUGUCUCUUUUGGCAACUAUGCCAAAGCCUGUGGGACUCAAGGAAUCACUGUUCAGGACUGGAGAUCAUCAACAAACUGCCCUGCUUUGUGUGAGGGCAACCUGAUAUUUGGAUACGCCACCCUGGCCUGUAACCACACCUGCCGUUCCCUCUCGGGCCCUGAUCUUACCUGUGAGGUGGUGGAUGACCCUGUGGAGGGAUGUGGAUGCACACCAGACACUCACUUGAACAACCGACACACCUGCAGCCCUCGCCCUCUGUGCAGCUGUUACCACCCUGGGGGUGUCGUACCACCAGGUCCAGUGGUUAUUGGUGGACGCCAAUGCAUGUGUGAAAAUGGACAACUUCGAUGUCCUGAAGAGUGUGAUUGCCUAGUGGGGAAGAUUUGUGUGCAUUGCUCUCAAAUACCUGUGAAUACGGCUCACAGAACCUGCGAAAGCUUGGCCAAGCCACUAAGUGAAGAUUACACCUGUAUCAGUGGCUGUUAUUGCCCAGAAGGCUUUUUUGAAGAUCAUAAUGGUGGAUGUGUGACUCAUGAGAACUGCACAUGUGAAUUCAGUGGAACAGUGUAUGAAACUGGGAAGAGUGUGGAGACAAACUGUAAACUAUGCACCUGUAGAGGAGGUGAGUGGUCUUGUGUCGACCAGGCAUGUUCAGGAGAGUGUGAAGUGUUUGGGAAUGGGCAGUACCGCACAUUUGACUCCAAAUGGUACCGGUUUGAUGGUCACUGUCAGUACACACUAUUAAAGGAUGCUAGUGGACAGGGCCAGUUUACAAUCCAAACAGAGAGUGUUCCAUGCUGCGACGAGUCGCUGACGUGUUCUCGCGCCAUCUCAGUGGAGCUAUGGGGUGACGUGUCUCUUCUGCUAAGUGAUAUGAAGGUCACUGAGACAUAUCUGUCAGGGGGGACCCAGAGCAUGCUGACAGAACCCUUGUACUCCAUCCACAUUGUGGGUCUGUACGUCAUCAUCUCAGUACCCACACUGGGCCUGGCUGUGAUCUGGGACAAACACACCAGGGUCACAAUCCAGCUGGAGUCUCAGUGGAGAGGCAGAGUGUUGGGUCUUUGUGGGAACUUUGAUGGAAAGGUGACAAAUGACCUUCUGACAAGCAGCUCCUCUGAGGUUUUCAGUGUCAUGGAAUUUGGCAACAGCUGGAAGACGGCAGCCCCACCCUGCUCGGACGUGACUACCGAAAUGUUUCCUUGUGAGCGGCACUCCUACUGUGCAGCCUGGGCCCAAAGACGCUGUAUGAUUCUGAGAUCUGACACCUUUAACGAUUGCCACCUGAAGGUGGAUCCAGAACCUUACUACCAGGCCUGUGUCGUGGAGUCGUGUUCUUGUGAGUUUGAGGGAAAGUUUCUCGGCUUCUGUACAGCUGUUGCAGCUUACGCAGAGGCCUGCAGUGCAAAGGACAUCUGCAUAAACUGGAGAACCCCGGAUUUGUGUCCGGUCUAUUGUGAUUAUUACAAUGAAGCGGACCAGUACACCUGGCAUUACAAUUCCUGUGCUCAAGUUAAGACCUGCGGCACUAACAACCACUUUACAGGAAAGCUUGAAGGUUGUUAUCCAAGGUGCCCUGCGGAGGCACCAUAUCAUGAUGAGAAUACGGGUAAAUGCUCCACAUUGAACAACUGCACUUGUAACUUCAUGAACAAAGUGUGGACUCCUCAAGAUGAAGUGUGUAGUCUAGAUAUGUGCUGCAAAUGCCUUGAAGGAAACAUCCAUUGCAUACCAACAUCUACAUUUACACCUACAAACACAAUUAACACAUCCACAGCACAGCCAGCUACAACUACGAUGCUGCCUACAACUAAACCAUUAACUACUGAGAGCACAACACAGUUACAUACAACUACAAGAAAUACAACACAACCACCAUUAUCUGAGAAAACGACAGGGUCACAUACAACUGAAUACAUAGCCACAACACACCAUCCAACCUCUAAGAGGACAACCAUGACACAACCGCCAACUUCAGUGAGGACAACAGAAUCAUAUACAACUCCAGUAGAACACACAACCACAACACAACCACUAACCUCUGGGAGGACAACAGAAUACACAACCACAACUGAGAGGUCAACAGAACUGUAUACAACCACAGUAGAGCACACAACCACAACAGAACCACCAGCCUCUGAGAGAACAACAGAACCCACAACCACAGCAAUGGAAAGGACAACAGAAUUGUAUACAACUUCAGCAGAACACACAACAGAACCAUUGUCUUUAGAAACUACAACUAAAUCACAUUCAACUCCACUGGAACACACAACCACAACAGAACCCCCAACCUCUGAGAAGAUUACAGAAUACACAACCACCACAACAACUGUGAGAGCGACAGAAUCAAGUACAGCUGCAAUAGUACACACAACAAUAACACAACCACCAAUUUCAAGGACAACUGAAUCAUAUUCAACGGCAAUGGAACAGACAACAACAACACAACCUAUAUCACCUGAGACGACAACAAAAUACACCACCACAACAACUGAGAGGACAACACAAUUGUAUACAACUCCAGAAGAGCACACAACUACAACACAACCACCAACUUCUGAGGGGACAACUGAAUUCACAACUUCAACAACUGAGGGGACAACAGAAUUGUAUACAACUCCAGCAAAACACACAACUACAACAGAAACACCAACCUCAAUGAGGACAACCACAUCAUUUUUAACUCCAGUGAAACCCACAAACACAACAGAACAACCAACCUCUGAGACAACAACAAAAAACACAACCACAGUAACUGAGAAGACAACAGAGUUUUAUUCAACUCCAAUAGAACACACAACCACAACACAACCACCAACCUCUGAGAGCACAACAGAAUUCACAACCACAAUAGAACCACCAACCUCAGUCAUAACAACUGAAUCACAUUCAACACCAAUGGAACAAACAACCACAACAGAACCACCAACCUCUGAGAGGACAACGGAAAGCACAACCACAACGACUGAGAAGACAACAAAACUGAAUACAACUCCUGUAGAACACACAACCACAACAGAACCACCAAACUCAGUAAUAACACCCAAAACAUAUUCAACACCAAAGGAACACACAACCACAACACAAACACCAACCUCUGAAACAACGACAGAACACACAACCACAGUAACUGAGAAGACAACAGAGUUUUAUUCAACUCCAAUAGAACACACAACCACAACACAACCACCAUCUUCAGAGACUACAACCAAAUCACAUUCAACUCCAACAGAACAGACAACCACAACACAACCACCAACCUCUGAGAGCACAACAGAAUUCACAACCACAAUAGAGCCACCAACCUCAGUCAUAACAACUGAAUCACAUUCAACACCAAUGGAACAAACAACCACAACAGAACCACCAACCUCUGAGAGGACAACGGAAAACACAACAACAACGACUGAGAAGACAACAAAACUGAAUACAACUCCUGUAGAACACACAACCACAACAGAACCACCAAACUCAGUAAUAACACCCAAAACAUAUUCAACACCAAAGGAACACACAACCACAACACAAACACCAACCUCUGAAACAACGACAGAACACACAACCACAGUAACUGAGAAGACAACAGAGUUUUAUUCAACUCCAAUAGAACACACAACCACAACACAACCACCAUCUUCAGAGACUACAACCAAAUCACAUUCAACUCCAACAGAACAGACAACCACAACACAACCACCAACCUCUGAGAGCACAACAGAAUUCACAACCACAAUAGAGCCACCAACCUCAGUCAUAACAACUGAAUCACAUUCAACUCCAAUGGAACAAACAACCACAACAGAACCACCAACCUCUGAGAGGACAACGGAAAUCACAACAACAACGACUGAGAAGACAACAAAACUGAAUACAACUCCUGUAGAACACACAACCACAACAGAACCACCAAACUCAGUAAUAACACCCAAAACAUAUUCAACGCCAAAGGAACACACAACCACAACACAAACACCAACCUCUGAAACAACAACAGAACACACAACCUCAGCAACUGAGAGGACAACAGAAUGGUUUACAACUGCAGAAGAACCAACAACCACAACACAACCAGUCUCCUCUACGAAAAUAAAAUACACAACACAACCACCAACCCCGACAACAGAAUCAUAUACUUCAAUGAAAUACACAACCAUAACACAACCAACUACAGUGGAACACACAACCCAAGCACCAAAUGCUACCACAGAAAAAUCCACAACCUUGUUACCACAAACUACAACUAUCACACAAUCAACAACUUUAGAAAAAUCAACUGAACCACCCACAACUUCAAAGAAAUACACAAGCACAGGUCAACCAACAACUGAAAUAGUUAAGACCACUCCAGUGUUAACAGUAACCACAACAGAUUUUACAGUUAUUACAGGCCCAACAAUCUCCAGUGGUACUGCAGGCCCACAGAUUAGCAGUACGACUAUGUCACCAGACUGCAGAGAUGUGCUGCGGAACCAAAGCUGGCCAAAUGGUGCCACUUGGAGAGAGAAUUGCGCUGAUAAAGUCUGUAAGGCUGGAGUGAUUGAGGUAAAACCCAUUACCUGCCCAACAUUAUUGGAUAGGACCGAUUGCCCUAGAGACAUGAAGAGUCUGGUUAAGGAUAAAGACACUUGCUGUGAGAGCUGGCAGUGUGAUUGCCAGUGUCAGCUUUAUGGAGACCCUCACUACAUUUCCUUCCAAGGCGUCUCUUUUGACUUUAUGGAUAACUGCACCUACACUCUAGUGGAGGAAAAAGUACUGCUUCACAAUUUAAGCAUUACUGGAGACAACUAUUUCUGCGAGCCAGACAUUGAUGCUUCCUGUUCUAAGGGCAUCACAAUAAAGUACUGGAAUGACAAGGUCACACUUAUGGUUACAGAAACGUUUACGGUGGAGUCUACUUUGAAUCAAGAGAAUAUUAAACCACCAUAUGAAAAUGACAUCUUCAAGUUUGAAAGCAAUGGUUUAGAAGUCUCCAUCUACAUCAAACCUAUUCGCUCUUAUGUUUCUCUUACACCAUUUAACACUCUGUUGAUCAACCUGGCAGGAGAGCACUUUCUCAACAACACUCAAGGACAGUGUGGUGUUUGUGGUGGGCAGUCGUGUAUACGCACAAAUGGCAUCGUUGAAGAAAAUAGCUGCUGUGAUAAGACUGCAUACGAUUGGGUGGUGGAAGACCCUCUGAAACCCUAUUGCAAAUCUCCACUCAGAAAUGUUCCUUGUAUAUUUCCCCCACCAACGCCACCUCCACCUCCAUGCAUUGCCCCAAUAUGUGAUCUCAUUCACCAUGAUGUGUUUGCAGAAUGCAGUGAAAGCAUUGACCUUGUAUCCGUGAAGAAGAAUUGCAGGUUCGACCAUUGUUCAUCGACAAGUACUGUUGGUGCCUGUUCUUCUCUGGAGUACGCAGCAUCAGCGUGCAAGACGAUUGGUAUUUGUGUUGACUGGAGAUAUCUCACCAAUGGCUCUUGCGAGGUCAACUGUCCUGAAGGAAUGAUAUAUGAUGAGUGUCGACAGUCUCCAAAUGAUAUUUGUCAAGGCGGUAUUCCCGUUCCUGCAACAUCAUUAGUUGGUAUAAGUUCAGGCUGCUUUUGUCCAGACGGCCAGAUACUAGCUGAGGAACACAAGCAAAUAUGUGUAUCUGAAUGCACAACGUGCAAAGGGCCAUUGGGUGAGCCUAUGCCGGUUGGGGCCGUAUGGGAAUCAAACUGUCACAUAUGCACAUGUAAUAACCAGACCAAAACUGAAGAGUGCCGUCCCAAGCCUCCAACAGCUUCUCCAAUGUGCAGUUCCUACUCCCUCCUUGUUUCUGACUGCUGUAACAAUCAGAUCUGUGUUGAGAAGACUUGUGAGUACAAUGGAUACACUUACAAGGUGGGUGACCGUUGGACAGACCCCUUACAUCCAUGUGAGUCUUACAGCUGUAGCCAAAAAGGAACUGAGAUAGAGAGAACUGUUUGUCCAGAGCAGACCUGUGCUGAGGAUUUACGCAUAUGGGACAAGCAUCAUUGCUGCUAUUCAUGUAACACUACAUGUGCUGCCAGACUGACCCAAGUGAACCUCACAGAUGCUGACUGCACACAGGAAGUCGAGCUGCCCAGCUGUGAAGGCCAAUGUGACUCACAAAACAGAUGGGUUCAAUCCAACAGGACAUUACAGCUUGAAAAGGGUCACCAAUGCUGUAAGGAAAGCGCUUAUGAGAUGAGGGAAAUAACAGUGACAUGCAAUAAAAGACCCCCCACACACUUCACAUACAGACAUGUAAUGGGCUGCGAAUGCAAGUCUGAAAGUUAAUGUGCCACAGAGUGUGAGAAAAUAUGCAAAUGCAAAUAAGAUUAUGGUUAAUCUUACAUGUGAUGAGUUUAUACAUGAUAAUGUUUCAAUGUUAAUGCAUGAUUAAUAAAUUGAUGUGUUGUAUAAUUUAGUUGGCAUAUCAACUCUCUGUUCUUUUGUAUUUUCUUAUCAAGUGAUCAACACAUUUUUGUCAUUUCUGCAUAACUUGAUUGAUUGUUAGCCGUCUGUCUGGCAGUUUGUGCCAAAAAUCAGUUUUUCAUGCCAAUCCUAUAUGUAAUUUGAAAAUCGAA